AUGGCGUGGGGAGGGGAGGAAGGUGACUGGGAGGUCCUGAAGGAUUUGGACUUUGGGGAGCCUGAGCCCUCCUCUCUCUCCCCUUUCAGCCUGAAACUCCUGGACAACUGGGACACCCUGGCCAGCACGUUGUCCAAAGUGCGUGAACAGCUGGGCCCGGUGACCCAGGAGUUCUGGGACAACCUGGAGAAGGAGACAGCGUCGCUGAGGCAGGAGAUGCACAAGGACCUGGAGGAGGUGAGGCAGAAGGUGCAGCCCUACCUGGACGAGUUCCAGAAGUGGCACGAGGAGGUGGAGAUCUACCGCCAGAAGGUGGCGCCGCUGGGCGAGGAGUUUCGCGAGGGCGCGCGCCAGAAGGUGCAGGAGCUGCAGGACAAGCUGAGCCCGCUGGCCCAGGAGCUCCGCGACCGCGCGCGCGCCCACGUGGAGACGCUGCGGCAGCAGCUGGCGCGCUACAGCGACGACCUGCGCCAGCGGCUGACCGCGCGCCUGGAGGCGCUCAAGGAGGGCGGCGGCAGCCUGGCGGAGUACCACGCCAAGGCCACCGAGCAGCUGAAGGCGCUGGGCGAGAAGGCCAAGCCGGCGCUGGAGGACCUCCGCCGGGAAGGUUCAAACAGGAUGGAAAUAGAGAACCAGGCAAAGUGACGGAUGAUCCAAUGCAGGUGCCCUGAAAGAGCUUCAAGCAGGAAGUACUGGCUUUGCUGGGAGCAGUGGGCUCCCUGUCCCCAGCGUUUCCCUCGGGCAGAGGACAUAGCUCCCCAGCCCUCUUGCUCAAGGGCAGCCAAGGUUGAAGGGACUUCAGCGAGCCUGUGGACUUGAAGGAUUAGGGCAGGUUCAAAUGAAGGGCUUGGUGCUUGCUCCUUCCUCCCUUACUAAUUCAAAAUACACUUUACAAAACUC